AUGUAUGAACAUAUUGACACCGACGAUCGUGAACUCGAGGCCCAGGGGUAUACACCGGCAAUGCCCAGGCGGUUUUCACUAUUGUCACUUUUCUCCCUAGGCUUCGCGCUGACGGCUACGUGGAACGGCUUCGGGAGCGCUAUCGGAACCAGUCUGGCCGAAUCCUCGUCAUCGGGAACUAUAUGGACUCUGGUCAUUGCUGCCUUGAUGAAUCUCGUCGUUUCGCUCGGCAUGGCGGAGCUCGUUUCGGCUUUCCCAAACUCUGGAGCACAAUAUUAUUGGUCGUUCAAAGUUGCGAGUCCGGAAUGGGCACCUUUUGCGUCAUACAUGUAA